CUCCAGGAUAAAAUGGGAGGAACUCUGAUCCAUACGGUGGCACUAUAAAGCUCACUGAUGAUUUGCAGGCUUCAUUAAAACAUCAAAUCUUCAUUACUAUUCAGGACUGGCAUCAUCGUCUUACACCUGCUAUCAGUGAUCUCAUCAUCAGGCCCACUUCUGGCAAACUUCAGCAGCUGCCUUUGCUUAUUUUUAAAAUAGCAGACAUGAGGAUACUUGGCCAGAUUACUUUUUUGCUUUUGCUGUGGGAAAGCUGGUGUAGGAAUACAAAAGUUCAGACCACCAAGAAAUCUACACAUGGGAACCAAGCAGCCAACGGCAUCCAGGCUUCACCUGAAGCUGUUCUCUUUAGUGGGAGCAUUUCAAAUAAUAGAGGUACUGGAGGUACCAGUGGAAGUGAAUCUACCAGGGAUGAUGCUGAUGAAAUGAGGCUGCACUUUCUUAAGAACCUGCAUGUUACAUGUAACGAUGGGACACCAGCUGGGUUUUACCUAAAAGAGGUCAGAGGAAGCCGCAGAUGGCUGUUAUUUCUAGAAGGCGGCUGGUGCUGCUACAGCAAAGAGACCUGUGAUUCCAGGUACCAAAAUAUCCCUCGACUAAUGAGCUCAUCGGGUUGGCCCCUGACAAAAAGUGGACAUGGCAUACUGUCAAAUCAAGUAGCAGAGAAUCCUUAUUGGCACAACACAAACAUUGUAGUCAUCCCAUACUGCUCCAGUGAUGUUUGGAGUGGCACUGGGCCUGCCUCGACUCCUCCUCCAAAACGACGACAAGGGAGGGAGAAAGAGCAGAAUAGAAAUGCAAAUGCAACUGAGUAUGCUUUCAUGGGAUCUCUCAUCAUCCGAGAGGUCAUCAAAGACCUUAUUCCCAAAGGAAUCAAGCAGGCCAAGGUUGUUUUGUUGUCUGGCGCUAGUGCUGGGGGUACAGGAGUCUUGCUGAAUAUCGAGAGAGUGGCUAAUUAUCUGGAGCAGCUUGGUGCAGAGGCACAGGUCCGAGGUCUGGUGGACUCUGGCUGGUUUCUCGAAAGUAAACACCAGAGAUCACCGAAUUGUCCUGAAACAGUUACCUGCUCACCUGAAGAUGCUAUCAAGGUCGGCCUAAGGUUGUGGAAUGGCGUGGUGCCUGAUAGGUGUCGUCGCCUCUAUAAGAAAGGGGAGGAGUGGCAGUGCUUCUUUGGCUAUAAACUGUAUUCUACAUUGAGCUCCCCUCUAUUUGUUGUGCAGUGGCUGUUUGAUGAGGAACAGCUGAGGGUGGAGAACAUCUACAUUGGAGGACAGCAUAUGAGCAAUGAACAGUGGCAGUACAUACAGAACCUAGGCAGAGAGUUGAAAAACUCCUUGCGAGAUGUCACAGCGGUAUUUGCUCCUUCCUGCCUCUCUCAUACAGUGAUUACCAAAAGCAACUGGAUGACUUUUCAAGUUCGAGGCACUUCUCUGCCGCGGGCCCUGCACUGCUGGGAUAGGAGCUUGGAAGCCACUCGUAACAACAGAACUCCAGCUAAAGGCUGUCCAUUCCACCUGGUAGAUGGUUGCCAUUGGCCUCAGUGUAACCCCACCUGCCCCAUCUUAGUGGACCAGGCAACCCAACAGGAGCUCACCUUGCUCCAGAUGCUGGUAGCCAUGGGCCUUGACCUUCGAAAGCUGGGCUUGAAUCCUAAAAGUGAUGUAGAUUUCCUGACAAGCAUGGGCAGCAAUGGUGGCUAACAUUAAAAGUACAAAAGAGAGGCAUAGUGAGGUGUUAAAUUAGUAAAAUAAAAAAAAAUAAAAAAUAAAAAUAAAAAAAACAUCUGUCAUGUCAGUAUGCGCCACGUGUCAAGCUUGAGACCUAAUUCUAAGACUCCCCCCCUCAUUUUCUCCUUUAAACUUGUACAGGGUAAGUGUUUCAAGUUCUAGCAAUAGGUAGACAACACAACAAGCUUUAAAUCUUGAACAGAGCAUGGUGUGAGUGUCACUUUUAUUGAAGACAUGACGAUCCUGCAAAAUGUCAGCAUCACGUGAACAACAGUUUGUUUUCUCAUGGUUAGCAACUUUUUGUACUUUAAUUUUUUUACUAUCCUGGCAUACAAUAUAUAUAUAUAUAUAUAUAUAUAUAUAUAUAUAUAUAUAUAUAUAAUUUCUACACUGUCAUUUCUCAGUUU